GCGGUCUCUCCCAGUUACUUUCUAUCCAGGUUUCGGAGCUGAGCAGAAGCGUGGUCCGUACGUCGUCCGCGGUCGUUUGGAACGGAUCUGCAACAUUUUGCCGCUGCAGCCCUUUUGUGGACCUCUAUUAUGAGAACUUUCACAUCAGCUCUUUUGAUUUAUUUCAUUCUCAUGUUUGAUCAUUUUUUUCAUUUUGACCAUCACCAUUGUUUCGUCCUUUUCUUUUUUUCUGCUGCUGUUAGCUACAAAUUGUUGCUUAUCACCACCAGCGUCAUCUGAAAGGCGGAAUAUCAUUGCAUUCCACAACUAGGCUUUGCUCCCGUUUUCUCUGCCGUUGCCGCUGCUUUGGAUUUGAUGCAAAUUGCUGGACUCAGACAAAGGGGAUUUAUUUUCUUUUAAUUCUACAAACAACACUUGUUCACUCUGAGGAAUGUAUAGCGACGGCUUUCAGUACGCGCUCUGAGCAGAGGAGAAUAUACGCAGCGCCAGUGAAUAAACUAUGCGUCUUGGCUUUGUGACGCUGCUCUUUCUCCUGACGAUGCUGUAGACCGCGUCGGGUCUGUGAUCAGCGUGCAUCUCCACUGGAUCGGGAUACAAAGUCGAAGAAACGACUUUUUUUCCAUUCGGGAGAGCUUGUCGUUUGAAUAGAUUUUUGGGACAGGUGUAUUUACUUUGACAAAAAUCGUGCAACCACCCGGAGACUCACCAACCAGUCAAAACAUGGGGGACUCGAUGUGGAGAUAUUAUUUUGGAGUUCUGGUUCUUGUCUUCAAAGUGCACUUGUGUCGGGCGCUCAUUUUGGAGUCUAUUUAUUGGAACACAACAAAUACCAAAUUUGUGCCAGGACAAGGUGUGGUACUCUACCCUCAGAUCGGUGAUAAAUUGGACAUUGUGUGCCCUCGAGUGGAUGGUGGGGUGGGUGAGGGAGUGGAGUAUUACAAAGUGUAUAUGGUGCCCAGGGAGCAGCUGGAGAGCUGCACCAUUACCAAGGCUGACACGCCACUCCUUAACUGUGUCAAGCCUGACCAGGACGUAAAGUUCACCCUCAAGUUUCAGGAGUUCAGCCCCAACCUUUGGGGUUUGGAGUUCUUCAGGGGAAAAGACUAUUACAUCAUCUCUACUUCAAAUGGCACGAUGGAGGGAAUCGACAACCAGGACGGGGGAGUAUGUAAGACCAUGUCCAUGAAGAUGGUCAUGAAAGUGGGUCAAAAUCCCGCUGACCCGAUUUCACCCAAAGACAAACCCACCAGGGUUCCCUACUCUCCGAAACACCCAGACAGCAAGGACACCCACAAAAAUAAUGAAGUGUUGGAGAAGCCAGGCGCAGCAUCCAGAGAAAGUGAUGCAAACAACACAGGCGGAAAGUCGUCCAAUAUCAUCGGUUCUGGGGUGGCCAUCUUUGUCAGCAUCGCCUCAGGCAGCGUCAUCUUUAUCAUCAUCAUAAUCAUGCUGGUGCUGCUGCUGCUCAAGUACCGGCGGCGUCACCGCAAGCACUCGCCGCAGCAUGCGGCCACGUUGUCUCUGAGCACUCUGGCCACGCCGAAGCGAAGCGGCAGUGGCGGAAACAAUAAUGGCUCAGAGCCCAGCGACAUCAUCAUCCCGCUCAGGACUGCUGACAGCGUCUUUUGCCCCCACUACGAAAAAGUCAGUGGUGAUUACGGCCACCCGGUCUACAUCGUCCAAGAGAUGCCACCGCAGAGCCCUGCCAACAUCUAUUACAAAGUCUGAAGGGGAACGUUUCAAAACAUGAGACAUACUGGAUCGCUCCCAGGGUAGAGAGUGGCAGGUUCAUGGUUUCAGCGAGCACAGCCUCCAUGCCUGCAAACAAACUCCCUGACCCUUUUUCUCUCAUUCUGCCAGGUCCUCUCCUCUGAUAGUAUUUUUGUUGUCGACAUUAGAUUAUACCUACUUCCUCUGGUAUGUUCACAGCGAGUUUGACUGCGAUUGGCAGAGGCUUGAGAAAUUGCUGCUGCUGCUGCUACUCUGUUUGGCUUUGGGGAAGAGGAGGAAGAACUUAGAAUAUCUUUGCCCACUCUUUUUUUUUUCCACUUUUCUGGUUUCUGCAAGAGUGGCUCGCACGUUUGGGAGCUGGAUAUGUGAGGUCGGAAAGGUUCGAGAGACUGCAAGUGUUAUUUUUCUUUUG